AUGGGCACCUCCUCCCUGCCAAUUCAGAAGGGCAGAGGGAGAGGGAAAGGCCAUGGGGAAACCCUCAGGUGUGGUCUCCUGUGUCCUCACUGCCRUCCUGCAGAUGCAGAAACCCYGGAGGAGCCGCUGCUGAGCCUCCCYAGCGAGCUCUCGGUGCUGGACAGACUCGGCUUGCACAGGGUGGCUUUGACAGAGCAGGAUUUGGAGGCAGCCUUUGCCCACCUCGCCCUGGCGUUUCGCUGCGACGUGUUCACCCUGCAACAGCGGGUGCAGGUGGAGAAACGGGCACGGGACGCAGCAGAGGAGAACAUCCAGGAGGAGCUGGGGCAGUGCCGAGCUGCCCUGGAGAGGCUGGGCCGAUCCUGUGCCAAUGCAGGCUGCAAGGAGACGCUGGAGCAGCUGCAGCACAACCUGGCCGUGCUGUCAGCGGCCGUGGAGCGGGCAACCAGCGCUGCCGAGAAGCUGGGGGCUGUCCACCAGGAGGCUCGGAUGAGCCGGGCAGCAGAGGUGAUGGUGCAGCACGUGGAGAACCUGAAGCGGCACCACAUGCGGGAGCACGCGGAGCUGGAGGAGAUGAAGCGCCUGAUCCAGCAGAACUCCCGCAACCGGCAGCUGGCGGAGACCCAGGAUGAUGUGGAGCCACGGCUGAAGCCUCACCCUCUGAAGAGAACUUUCCAGCAGGGRUCUGCCCGCCGCAGAGUCAGCAUCGCCGUCAUCCCCAAGCAGCACUUGCCAGGUGCCAGCCCUGACAGCCGAGCAGCCCUGGCAAGUGACCCGGAGCCAGAGGGGGUCCAGCGCUGGCCCAGCGUCCAGAGGAGUGAAUUGGAGCCACMGGGCCAGGACAGCGCUGUGACUGAGAAGUUGGUGGCAGAGGCAGAUGGCACAGGCUCAAGUGCAGGGGACGAGGAGCAGGAGCAGCUCGGGCUGACGUCCAAGGGGUCUGCAGCGGAGCUGUGGCGUCCCUGGCUCUUCGUCCCGCAGCACUACUGGGUUUUCUUCUGGCUGCUUCUCCUGAGCAUCGCCUUCCUCCUCCUCGUCCGUGUGCUGGAGCUGCAGCGGCUGCAGUCUGCAGCAUCAUCCAAGGCCUAGCUGGACCAGGGAGCUGGGAGGCAUCUCUGCUCCUUCCCCACGUCCAAAACACCAAAACCCUAGAAUAAUAAAA